GGUUUGGCUCGUCUGCUUCCUGAGUCUAGUUUGCCUUGUGUGCUGCCAAAGCAGAGAAGCUUGGGCUUGGUGGAAGCAUUUACCUCUGUGGUCAGAACACCUCCUCGGUGUUUGAGAAAGGCUACUUCAACUUCCGCUGUUUCAGUGCUGGAGGCCUCGGAGGCUCCAGUUGCAGAAUCCAUUGCAGCCGCUCUUGGUGCUGCUCCAAGUCAUUGCUCGUUACAUAGCUCUUGGUUUCGUUGUCGUUGUUGCACAAGGUGCUGCCAUUUCCACUUUCUGCUACGAAUCGGUUUUCCAGCCACACAUUUGACAAGAUGCGUAUUUACAGCAAAGAUCGAGUUCCUCGCUCGCUCGAGCUGUGACAGACUUCUACACCCCUUGCGUAGGAUUAGCGUGUGAAUAUUCAACAGCCGCAGUUACUCUUCUAGCGAAGCAAACGUUUAGAAACAGCCCCAAGUAGCGUCCCUCCACAUCUCGUAUCAACUUUCAUAAAUCAUGGCCCCGUCUAGCGUGGUUGUGGUGGGAUCCAAAGUGUGGGUGGAAGAUGUGGAAGAAGCGUGGAUUGACGCAGAAGUAAUAGCCGUCGAGAAGAAGAAGGUCACAGUCAACGUGCGAGGAAAGGAGAUUGUGGUGCGUUUGAAACACUGCUAUGCCAAGGAUGAGGAAUCGGAUGGAGUGGACGACAUGACCAAGCUCUCCUACCUUCACGAGCCCGGCGUGCUUCACAACUUGUACCUUAGAUACUCCGUCGACGAAAUCUAUACAUAUACGGGUAGCAUUCUGAUCGCCAUCAAUCCGUUCCGCGCUCUACCGCAUCUGUACGACGAGCAAAUGAUGGAGCAGUACAAGGGAACACGCCUGGGAGAGCUGUCGCCGCACGUCUUCGCUAUUGCCGAAACCGCGUACAGAACGAUGAUCGACUACGGGAAUAGCCAGUCGAUUCUGGUGAGCGGGGAGAGCGGAGCCGGAAAGACGGAGACGACGAAGCUUAUCAUGCAGUACCUGGCGUACAUGGGAGGACGAGCCAACUCCGACGGCAGAACCAUCGAGUCCCAAGUGCUAGAGUCGAAUCCUCUUCUCGAGGCCUUCGGAAACGCCAAGACAGUGCGGAACAACAAUUCCAGUCGAUUCGGUAAGUUCGUGGAGAUUCAGUUCGACAGGGCGGGGCGCAUAUCAGGCGCUGCAGUGCGGACGUACCUGCUGGAGCGGUCCCGGGUGGUGCAGGUUUCGGACCCCGAGCGCAACUACCACGCCUUCUACCAGCUGUGCGCGGGGGCGUCGGACGAGGAGAGGGAGCGGCUGAAGCUGGCGCCGGCAGAGACGUUCCAUUAUCUGAACCAGAGCAGCUGCUUUGAGAUCCCCGGCAAGAACAGCAACGCGGAGGAGUACCAAAACACGCGGCGGGCCAUGGAGGUUGUGGGGCUGACGAUCGAGGAGCAGGAGGCGAUUUUCCGCGUGGUGGCUGCGAUUCUGCACCUGGGGAACAUCACGUUUACCUCUGGUAAAGCUGCGGAUUCGUCUAAGCUGCACGGGGACAAGGCGAAGUUUCACCUGGAGGCUGUGGCGGAGCUGCUGCGGGUGGAGAAGAAGAAGCUGAGGGAGUCGCUGCUGACGCGCACGCUGGUGACCAGGGACGGGAACAUCAAGAGGGACCUGGAUCCCGAGGCUGCGGUGGUCAGCAGGGAUACGCUGGCCAAGACUGUCUACUCCCGCCUCUUUGACUGGCUGGUGGACAAGGUCAACAAGUCUAUUGGUCAGGACCCAGCCUGCGCAUCCAUCGUUGGGGUGCUGGAUAUCUACGGCUUUGAGAGCUUCGAGACCAACAGCUUUGAGCAGUUCUGCAUCAAUCUCGCCAAUGAGAAGCUCCAGCAGCACUUUAACCAGCACGUGUUCAAGGCCGAGCAAGACGAGUAUGAAAGGGAGGAGAUCGACUGGAGCUACAUUGAGUUUGUGGACAACAAGGAUGUGUUGGAACUCAUUGAAAAGAAGCCCAUGGGUAUCAUCUCCCUCCUGGACGAGCAAUGCAUGUUCCCCAAGUCCAGCGCAGAGACCUUCGCCACCAAGCUGUAUCAGACGUGCGCCGCGCACUCGCGCUUUGAGAAGCCCAAACUCUCGCAGACGGACUUCACGAUCGAUCACUAUGCUGGCAAGGUGACGUACCAGACGGACCUGUUCCUGGACAAGAACAAGGACUACGUGGUGAUGGAGCAUCAGGAGCUGAUGAACCACUCCAAGUGCUCCUUUGUGUCGGGGCUCUUCCCCGUGGGCGAGGGCGAGAACGUGAAGACCAAGUUCACGUCGCUGGGCUCCAGCUUCAAGCAGCAGCUGGCGGACCUCAUGAACACGCUCAGCACCACGGAGCCGCACUACGUGCGCUGCGUCAAGCCCAACAGUCUCAACAGGCCGGGCGCGUUUGAGAACCACAAUGUGCUGCAGCAGCUCAGAUGCGGAGGAGUGCUGGAGGCUAUUCGCAUCAGCUGUGCGGGCUACCCCACCCGCCGCACCUUUGAGGAAUUCCUAGAUCGCUUUUCCAUGCUGGCCCCCGACCUGGAGUAUGACAGUGAGAUCAAGGUGACAACGAAGCAGCUGCUGGAGAAGCUGGGGCUGACGGGGUUCCAGGUGGGCAAGAGCAAGGUGUUUCUGCGCGCGGGGCAGAUGGCUGACCUUGACGCCAUGCGCGCCAACAAGCUGCACUCAGCCGUGCGCGUCAUCCAGCGCUGCGUCCGCACGUGGCUUGCAAGGAGGCAGUUUGUCGCCCUCCGCAAGGCCGCCAUCCGUAUGCAGGCGCGGUGCCGAGGCAACGCAGCGAGGAGGGAGUACCAGAAGCUCCGCAGGGAGCAGGCAGCGCUGGUCAUUCAGACGAAGUACAGAGGGCACCGGGCGCGCGCGCACUACAAGCGGCAGCAGAAGGCGGCUGUCACCAUGCAGUCCGCGGCCCGCGGCAUGUUUGCACGGCGCGAGGCGUCCGCUCGCAGGCGCAACCUGGCUGCCAGGAAGAUUCAGACGCACUGGCGGCGGCACAAGGCGCAGUCAGCGUAUCGUCGCACCAAGCGCAGCGUGCUGGUCAUGCAGUGCAUAUGGCGCGGCAGGGCUGGCCGCCUGGAGCUCAAGAAGCUCAAGCAUGACGCGAAGCAGACGGGAGCGCUGCAGGAGGCCAAGUCGCGGCUGGAGAAGCAGCUGGAGGAGCUCACCUGGCGGCUGCAGCUCGAGAAGAGAAUGCGGUCUGACCUGGAGGAGUCCAAGGGCCAGGAGGUGUCGAAGCUGCAGCAGGAGGUAGACCGCCUCACUACAGAGCUGCAAGCAGCCAAGGACGAGAUACAGUCCCUGCAGCAGCAGCUGGCAGCUGGCGGGGGUGGGGGUGGGGGGGCAGAGAGCAACGAGCCUGUGAUCAAGACGGUUGUUAGGGAGGUGGUGAAGGUGGUUGAAGUGCCUGUGCCAGCGGCAGCGGUCGGGGCAACAGCCUCAGGGACUGAGAAGCUGGAGGGUCGUGAGGCUGCUGCUGCUGCUGUUGCAGCCGCCGCCGCUGCUGCUGCUGCUGCAGCGACGACAACUGCAUCUGCAGUAGAAGCAUCUGCUGCCGCUGCUGCCGGUGCCAGUGCCGGUGCUGGCGCAGUGGUUGUGGUGGCAGGCACAGGGGAGGCGGGCAGGACGGCAGAGGGGCUUGAGAACGAGAAGCUCAAGGCGGCACUAGACGUGUCGGACUCGCGCGUGGCAGCCAUGGAGGAGAUGAUAGUGCACAAGGACGAGAAGCUGCAGGAGCUCGAAUCCGAACUGGCAAAGAUGAAGGGCGAGCUGCAGCGCCUGGAGGACCAGUUCAGGAGCAUGGACCGCGAGAACCAGGUGCUCCGGCGCCAGUCGCUGUCUGUGGCCACGGCAGCGCAGACCACGCCGCAGCGCGCUCCUGCUGCUGGGCGGCUGUCGGCGCUGUGGGGGGGUUCGGCUGUGACCCCGUCCACGCCCAGUGGUGCUGGGUAUGAGAUGACGCCCGGCACGCCUGGCAGCGCUGCUGCUGCUGCUGCUGCGGCUGCUCGUGGGGCCACGCAGGAGGCGGAGGUGAAGAGGCAGCAGAUCCUGGCUGAGAGGCAGCAGGCGGAUCAGGACACGGUGCUGCAGCUGCUGCUCACCGACCUGGCGUUUGACAACAACCGCCCCGUGGCGGCAUGCAUGCUGUACCGCGCGCUCGUGCACUGGCGCUCCUUCGACGCCGAGCAGACCAACGUGUUUGACAAGAUCAUCCAGACCAUGAGCUCCGCCAUUGAGAACCACGACCCCGCUCCUGCUGCUGGUGGUGCUGCGGGUGCUGUUGUGCCACUGCCAGCGGCCGCGGGGAGUGGAGGGGCAGCGGGGGGUGCGGCGGGGAAUGCUGCGAGGCUGGCGUACUGGCUGUCGACUGCGUCGUCGCUGCUGCACCUGCUGCACCGGUCGUUCCGGCCGGGGGCCGCGUCCGCGCUGCAGAUGCACGCGCAGCGCAGGAGGCAGCAGCCUGUGUCCCUGUUCAGCCGCAUGUCUCAGACGUUCCGUGGGCCGGUGACGUUGUCACCGGACGAGACGAGCGCAGCGGAGGCGGACGGGCUGCACCUGGUGGACCCCAAGUUCCCCGCGUUGCUGUUCAAGCAGCAGCUCACGGCGUACGUGGAGAAGGUGUACUCGUGCAUCCGCGACAACCUCAAGAAGGACAUCUCGCAGAUGCUUGUCGCAUGCAUCCAGGCCUCUCGAUCCUUCCGUACGCCCAUGGCGCCACGGCAGCAGCACCGCUCGUCGCCUGACGGGGCGCGGGCGGCAGCAGCGCAGAGCCAGGCGGCGUCGGUGGCAGCGGCGGUGGCGCAGUGGGGUGGGAUCAUCGCACGGCUGACGGACCUUCUGAACACACUCAAGGCCAACCACGUGCCGGCCUUCCUCGUGCGCAGCCUCUUCUCGCAGAUCUUUGCCUACAUCAACGUGCAGCUCUUCAACAGUCUGCUGCUGCGUCGCGAGUGCUGCUCGUUCAGCAACGGCGAGUAUGUGAAGGAGGGCCUGGCGGAGCUGGAGCGCUGGAUCUUUGAGGCCACGGACGAGUAUGCAGGCAGUGCGUGGGAGGAGCUCCGGUUCAUUCGCCAGGCUGUCGGUUUCCUGGUGAUCCAUCAGAAGCCCAAGAAGUCCCUGGAGGACAUCACCAACGACCUGUGCCCCGCGCUGAGCAUGCAGCAGCUGUACCGCAUCAGCACCAUGUACCGCGACGACAAGUAUGGUACCCAUUCUGUGGCGCCCGCAGUCGUCAAUGCAAUGCGCCUGAAGAGCACAGAGGAGUCCGCUCAGAACGGCACCAACUCGUUCCUGCUGGACGACGACUCCUCUGUCCCAUUUGCUGUGGAUGACAUAUGCAAGGAGCUCCCCAGCAUCUCCCUCACCCACCUCUCCCUGCCCCCCCACGUCCGCGACUCGGGUCACCUUCACUUCCUCUUCUCGUAGAACACUGCCUCCUCAGCAGCAGCAGCAGCAGCAGCAGCCAGUUCUUAGGUACGUUCGCAGGAGUAGCACCGACAGUGGGAGAGGGGUCCAUUCUCUGGUAGUGUUUAGGAGACUUGUCAGCUGCUACGUGAGGCGGGAGUCUGCAGCAUAAUGCUAUACAUGUGCUUCUGUUUGGUGAUUCGCUGUAGCAGAUAGUGUAGGGCAUGUGACAAUGCAUCUCAUCAGGCAGCCAGAGUUGCAUCAUGGGCACGGCACGCACGGCAUGGAGCAAGUAGCAUGGCCGGCAGCAUCAGGCACCUGAGGCCAGGACAUUCACAAGAAGUUAAGAUGGUUGGGCUGGUUGGGUUUCUACCUGAGACCUGAUUGUUCUCACAGUUCUUUCAGGGUGGCAAUGCUGCCGUCUGUUGCUUGGUUUCGUCGGGGUUUACAUGGUGAUACGCUAGGUAGACUGGGCUGAUCUGGGUUGUCAGGUGUUAUCGUGUACAAACCAAGCACAGGUGAUAGAGAUACAGUUGAGAGUCUUGAUUGGUGUAAUUGAGAAAGCUUGCUUGUUAGUGCAAUUGACAUCAUUC